CAAAGAGCCCCAAUUCUGCAAUGAGUGAAAGAUAAGGGCUGCUAGUAUGUGAAAAAGUAUUGCUGCUUGAGCAAGACGGGAGGAUAAGGUAUUUCUCACGGGUUCUUGUCUGACUCAUUGAGACACUUUAGCUCACGAGGCCAUGGCUCCUGGUUCCUUCCUUAAGGUCACAUGAGAAUGAGUAGAGGGUGGGUCAUCAGGAGAGGGCUCACCAAGAAGAGAAAACUCCUUCAAUGGAGGCCUGUGGGCAGUGGUGUGGGGGCGCAUGCACACUCACAGACUCGCUUGCCUGGGUGACCUCUCCAUAUAUACAGAGCCACCCUGCCCUCUUGGAGGGUCCUGAAACGGGAGCCUCUGGCCUGCCCUGCAGGAGUCACAGUCCCAGCCGGGGCUGUGGGAGCACAGGCCUACGUUGAAGACAGAGCCCUUCUCCAGCUUCUUUGUCUCCCAUCCUGAUUCUUGCCACUGGAUGCAGGAUGCUGUCCUCUCCUGGUGUGAUGGCAUGCUCACGGACCUGCUCCCGCAUCCUGGGGCUGAGCCUCGGGACCACUGCCCUGUUUGCUGCUGGAGCCAACACAGUGCUCCUCUUUCCUAACUGGGAUGUGAGCUACCUGUUGAGAGGCCUCAUUGGCAAGCAAGCCAUGCUGGGCUCUGGGCUCUGGGGAGGAGGCCUCAUGGUACUCAUUGCAGCUACCCUCAUCUCCUUGACGGGCUGGAGAUAUGGCUGCUUCAGUGAAAGUGGGCCCUGUCAAAGUAUGCUCACUGCUCUGCUGUCCAGUAGCCUGGCUUUUCUAGGAGCCUUGAUUUGCUUUAUCACUUCUGGUGUAGCCCUGAAAGAUGGCCCUUUAUGCAUGUUCGAUGCCUCAUCCUUCAAUCAGAUGCAAGCUUGGAAAUAUGGUUACCCAUUCAAAGACUUGCAUAACAGGAAUUAUUUGUAUGACCGUUCACUCUGGAACUCUGUCUGCCUGGAGCCUUCUAAAGCCGUCAUCUGGCACGUGUCCUUCUUCUCCAUCCUUCUGUGCGUCAGCCUCCUCCAGAUUCUCCUGGUGGUCAUUCAUUUCAUCAACAGCUUCUUGGGACUUUUCUGCAGCCUCUGUGAGAAGUGAUAGGUAAAUGCCCUUUCAUGCGAGAGAGUUUUCCUCAGAAACUGUCUUGAAUCCCUUCUGUAAGAAGUGGGUAUGGAUUGUAAACAAACUUCCUUUUUAGGUCUGCCUGUAACCAUGAUUCCUUGAGCAUAGGCUGAAUGAUAUUGGUGAAUUUUGAAUCACAUUGUAAACUGCAAGUCAUUAUUAUUGUGUAGGAACUUAUGGUUCAUAAAAUGUCUUCCAGCCAUGGCCUCAUUUCAGCCUCUCAACAACCCUGUAAAAUUGGUCGCAGGUCACAGAUAUAGCAGUUGAAGUUCCUAGAACAUAACGGACUUGAUGCCUAAAAGCUCUCACCUGGGUUCAGGUAAAGUUAGUACUUGAGCUCUUAUCUUCUAAAUUCAAGUUCACCAGUUGUUAUGCACUGAACUGUGUGUCCCCAAAAUUCAUAGGUUGAAGCCCUCACCCCCCCAUGUGACAAUAUUUGUAGAUAGAACCUUUAAGAAGCUAAUUAAGGUUAAAUGAAGCCAUAAAGGUAGGACCCUAAUCCAGUAGGACUAGCAUCUUUUUUUUUUCUAAAUGCUUAUUUAUUUUUGAAAGAGGGAGAGAGACAGAGCGCAAGCAGGGGAGGGACAGAGAGAGGAAGACACAGAAUCCGAAACAGGGUCCAGGCUCUGAGCGGUCAGCACAGAGCCUGAUGUGGGGCUCAAACCGACGAACCGUGAGAUCGUGACCUGAGUUGAAGUCAUAUGCUCAACCGACUGAGCCACGGAGGUGCCCAGGACUGGCAUCUUUUUAUAAGAGGAGGAUGAGAUUCCAAAUCUCUCUCUCCACACAAGCACAGAAGAAAAGGCCAUGUGAGGACACAGCCAGAAGGUGGCCAUCUGCAAGCCAACAAGAGAGGCCUCAAUAGAAACCAACCUUGUUGGUACCUUAAUGUUGGACUUCCAGCCUCCAGAAAAUAAAUGUCUGUUG